UUUAUUACUCACCUCACCUCUCGGUUUAUUCCUUCUCCACCACCGCCAUUAAUCUCUCUCUCUCUCUUCUCUCUCUCUAUAUAUACACCCACAACCCACAAUCAUGUUUCAUCCAUAAUUCCAUAUUAUUAAUUACUAUCGUACACCAAACAAACACAAAUAUUUUCUUUAAUCCCAUUGAGUUGUAUAUCAUCAAAAUCAUUCAACAAUGGAGUACAGACCAUUGAAAAUAAACGUGAUAUCGGCAGAUGGGAUUAAGGACGUGAAGCUGUUCUCCAAGAUGGAUGUAUACGCGCAAGUAUCAAUCGCGGGAUACCCUCAAUCUAUGAAGAAGACGUUUGUUGACAAGAAUUCUGGAACCACUCCCAAAUGGAAUCACCGUAUGGAAUUCAUCGUCGAUGAGCCUUAUCUCACUAAGCCAGGUCUCUCUCUCCUCUUUCAGCUCAAGGCCGAGAGCACUUUCGGCUCCGAUAAGGAGAUCGGCUCAGCCACCAUCCCCAUUCACGAUCUCUUCAACCCAGAUUCCACCACCCAAGAAGAUCGACAAGUCGAGUAUCAGUUGCACACCCCCUCCGGCAAAUCAAAGGGAUCCCUCAAAUUUUCCUAUCAGUUUGGGGAGAAAUUCAAACAGGAAGUUGAGGCCAAACGCCACGUGGAUGAUCCAGUCACUGCGUAUCCGGCGGCGCCCUACGCCGCCGCUCCUCCUCCGGGAUAUCCCAAUCCUCCUCAUCCGGUAGGGUAUGGGGCUUAUCCUCAGAGUAGUGGGUAUGGGUAUCAGGCUCCGCCGCCGCCUGGGUAUGGGUAUCAGGCUCCGCCGCCGGCAGGGUAUGGGUACCAGGCUCCGCCGCCAGGGUAUGGGUACCAACCUCCGCCGCCUGGAUACGGGUAUCAAGGGGGGCAGCCACCGAAGAAGAACAAGAUGGGGAUGGGAGGUGGACUAGGAUUAGGAUUAGGUGCUGGAUUGCUGGGGGGAUUGUUAGUGGGAGAGAUGGCAUCUGAUAUUGGGGAAUCUGCUGCCUAUGCUGAUGGAUAUGGUGAUGCCAUGGGCGACAUGGGCGGCGAUUGGUGAUUCUACAUUUUUAGCUAUUAACUAGGGAAUACUCAUAUGUAUAUAUAUAAUUCUAUAUUUUUUUUAAUGUUUCUUUUUCCUCCUCCUUGGGUUUCUGUAAAUAAAAGUUGUGGAAUAAUAUCGGUUUUCCAUAGACAAACAUUUUUUUUU